CUCGGGCGCGCGCCCAGGGUGGGGGACCCUGGUUCCGGUGAAUGGUGUGUGUGUGUUUUAGGGGCCGGGCCAGGCGGGGCCGAGCCGGGCAGCCGGCUGGUGCGUCAGCCUCACGCGCGCGGGGAAGGAAGCCGGCCCGAGGCCCGGGCGGCCGGCGCGGGCGCCGCGGCACGUCCGCAGGCUCCGCCGGGAGGUGGCGGCCGCUGAGAGGCGGGAGAGCGGAGGGCGGGCCAGGGAGGCGGCCCGGAGGUGGGGCGGCACCGGGGGGCCGGCCCGCGCGGGCUUCAUCUGAGGGCGCGCGGCCUGCGCCCGGGUGCUGGCAACUGGGAGGCGCGGGCGACGAGCUGCCGGAGCGGCUAUGGGCCGCGGUUGGGGCUUCCUGAUCGGCCUGCUGGGCGCCGUGGGGCUGCUCGGCGCCGGCCACGGCGGGCAGCAAGCCUCGGAGACGGCGGCGCAGAGGUGCUUCUGCCAGGUUAGCGGUUACUUGGAUGAUUGUACCUGUGAUGUUGAAACCAUUGAUAAAUUUAAUAACUAUAGGCUUUUCCCAAGACUACAGAAACUCCUGGAAAGCGACUACUUUAGAUAUUACAAGGUGAACCUGAAGAAGCCUUGUCCUUUCUGGAACGAUAUCAACCAGUGUGGCAGGAGGGAUUGUGCUGUUAGACCUUGUCAAUCUGAUGAAGUUCCUGACGGAAUUAAAUCUGCGAGCUACAAGUAUUCUGAGGAAGCCAAUAAUCUCAUUGAAGAAUGUGAGCAAGCUGAACGGCUGGGUGCCGUGGAUGAAUCACUGAGUGAGGAGACGCAGAAGGCCGUCCUCCAGUGGACCAAACAUGAUGAUUCUUCAGAUAACUUCUGUGAAGCUGACGACAUCCAGUCCCCAGAUGCUGAAUACGUGGAUUUGCUGCUGAAUCCCGAGCGUUACACAGGUUAUAAAGGACCGGAUGCUUGGAAGAUAUGGAAUGUCAUCUAUGAAGAAAACUGCUUCAAGCCACAGACCAUUAAAAGGCCGCUGAGUCCUUUGGCUUCUGGUCAAGGUAAAAGUAAAGAAAACACUUUUUACAGCUGGUUAGAAGGUCUGUGUGUGGAAAAAAGAGCGUUCUACAGACUUAUAUCUGGCCUCCAUGCAAGCAUUAAUGUGCAUUUGAGCGCCAGAUAUCUUCUACAAGAUACCUGGUUGGAUAAGAAAUGGGGGCACAACAUCACAGAGUUCCAGCAGCGAUUUGAUGGGGUUUUGACAGAGGGUGAAGGACCAAGAAGGCUGAAGAACCUGUAUUUUCUCUACCUGAUAGAACUAAGGGCUCUGUCCAAAGUGCUACCUUUCUUUGAGCGCCCAGAUUUCCAGCUGUUCACUGGAAACAAAAUUCAGGAUGCAGAAAACAAGAAGUUACUUCUGGAAAUACUUCAUGAAAUCAAGUCAUUUCCUUUGCACUUUGAUGAGAAUUCGUUUUUUGCUGGGGAUAAAGAAGAAGCGCACAAACUGAAGGAGGACUUUCGACUACAUUUUAGAAACAUCUCAAGAAUCAUGGACUGCGUUGGUUGUUUUAAAUGCCGACUCUGGGGAAAGCUUCAGACUCAAGGUUUGGGUACUGCUCUGAAGAUACUGUUUUCCGAGAAACUGAUAGCAAAUAUGCCAGAAAGUGGACCCAGUUAUGAAUUCCAUCUCAGCAGACAAGAAAUAGUAUCAUUAUUUAAUGCAUUUGGAAGAAUUUCUACAAGUGUGAGAGAAUUAGAAAACUUCAGGAACUUAUUACAAAAUAUUCAUUAAAGGAAACAAGUUGAAACGUGCCUGUUUCUGGACAGUGGAGGCCAAAGAGUGGAUGUCAUUCCAAGGCAUAUAGAAGUGACAGUCUUCAGCCAAACCUUUUAUAUAGAGCUGCUUUUGUAAAAGGAGAAUUAUAUUGUUUCAAGUAAACAGGUUUUUUUUUUUUAAUUGUACUAAGUCUGUAUAAUAUUGUGAGUAAAAAGUAAACUUCGAUAAUGUGGUACAAAUUUUAAAGUUUACUAGUGGAUAAAAGCAGGAUUAUCAAGUACAUGUAUGAUAAGACUACAUAAAUUAUGUUUUAAGCCUUUUAAACUAGAGUUUCCUGUAAGAAAACAUAAUAUAAAUAAAACUGUGGUAAAUGUGACAAGCCUUUAACGAAAUAGCAGUGUGGCUUGAGCUGUGAAGGACUUGUAAUUAACACCUAGAAUUUUUCAAUUCAUUUAGAGUUGUCAGGUUUAGCAAAUAAAAUUGCAGAAUGCCCGGUUAGAUUUGAAUUUCAGAGCAAGUUUUUUUUUUUUUUUUGAAGAAAAGUAUGUUGCAUGCAAAAUUCGGAGCUUAUUUAUACUGAAUUUUAUUCACUGUCUGAAAUUCAAAUUUAACUGGAAGUCCUAUGUUUUGUUAGCCCUAAAAUAUAUUAAUAUGACAAAAAAUCAUUUUCAGAACUAUG